UAGUGUGCGAAUGGAGAAGGAGGGAUUUGUGAGAAGUCUGAGCACACUUUUGGAGAGGGGGGUCGAUGUGCAGCAAGUCGUGACUGACCGCCACACAGGAGUGCAGAAGUAUUUGCGGGAGGAAAAAAAGGAAAUCAGUCACUACUUUGACCCCUGGCACAUGGGAAAAGGAAUUGGUAAGAAAAUCGAAGCGCUGGGGAAGAGAAAGACGACCCAGGAUGUGAGACUGUGGAAGCAAAGUGUGGUGAACCACCUCUACUGGUCAGCAUCCAGUUCCUCCUCAGGACAGGAGGCAGUAGCAAAGUGGACUUCAGUUGCCAACCACAUCCAAAAUGUGCACAGCCAUGACAACGCCCUGUUCCCUAGCUGUCUGCAUGCACCUCUGGAUGGAGAACAGGCAAGACAGUGGCUCAAACCAAGCACAGCAUCAUGUGAGAAGCUCACUGCCAUUCUGUUAGCUCCACGGUUUGUGAAGGACGUAGAGAAGAUAAGCCCUCAGUACCACACAUCCACCUUGGAGGCUUUCCACAGUCUCAUCAUCAGAUUUACUCCAAAAAGUCAGGUCUUCUCCUUCAAAGGAAUGCUGUCUAGAUUACAAAUUGCUGCAAUGCACUAUAAUGAAAAUGCAGCACGCUCACAUGCAGCAACAGCAACUGGUGAGCUGAGAUAUGCUGUAGUGUACCCAAAGUACAAACAUGGAGACUACACAGUGAGAGCCCUGAAGACCAAUCCAACCUCAUUAUAUGUGCACAAGCUUAUAGAUCUGCUGUUCGACUCUGUGGUGGUGGAUCCUCUCCCAUAUCAGGAGUACUCGGACAAAAUUCCGGUUCCAGAACCGCUCUGUGCCCAGUUCCAAAGACCAGAUAAACGGGAUGCUGUGAGCAGGCACAGGUCCAGGUUUUAAAGUGCACGUAAGCCAGGCUGCACACCACUGUACGACAGAGGAGUUACCUGUCGUCAUUAUGGAUCUUUAUGCUCAUCCACUCGUGACUCAUGCUGUCCACCUCCCAGAUGUCUAUUGAUCUCUACAACCUUUCUGCUCUGUGGCUCCCAUACAACUUGAAAAUCUUGGCCAGCCUCCUGAUAUUGUUACAGAAAAGCCUGUGCUCCCGGGAUCCAUCUCCACGUUUGUCAUCACAGUGAAAGCUACCUCCAGUCUAAGGAACCAAAGAAACAUCACUGAUGGCCCAACCUAUCCUCACAUGGCUCCAGAAUCUCUGCUUGUGGUUUAGAGUUUUGUCAAAAAUCAUGAAAGUUAUGAUCAGAUUGUAAUCUAACGUUGUCUUAGUAGUAGCUAUAAUAAAUGUUAUCUUUAAAGCGCAAUUGUGUCAUUUUAAAUACAAUUAUAUUGAUAUUUUGAUUUGUAUAAAUACAUAUAUCACAUUUAUUAAAUUAUCAUUCAUUUUUACCUAAUUGAACCUGCUCUAGAUUAGACUUCAUUAAUCACACAGGGUGUAAACUCACUUGUUACAGCAGCA